AUUUAUUCCGCUUCCCCAUCCAGGCCGUCCUCUUGGAUGCGUUCCAUUGCUGCUCCUUGAGUGCGUCGACUCCUGCGCGGAGGUGCGGAACAGCCUUACUGCUUGUAUUACCUGGCGGUCACCGAACUCGUCCCGUUUGGCCAGCCAGUCACCUGCCAUCGCGCUCCCCUCCCUAAUUAAAUUACCCUUCGUCUCUUCGCUUCUCUUCUGCUCCCGUCACGGCUUUUCCUGCGUUUCGGUCGAGUCCGUCGAAGCUGGUUAUAUCCGGCCCUCGUCAAUUUCCUUCUGAUUCUUCUCUUUGAUCUUUUAUUCUCCGUCCCUUGUUCCCAUCACUGGGUCACCAGUCCCGAGAUCCCCCUGCUUGUCGGAAACGGAGAGUGAAGGGGAGAAAAAAAUUCCAAAAAAGAGAGAAAUAAAAAGCAAAGAAAAAAAAAAAAAAGAAAGGAAAAAAAAAGAAAAGCAAUUAAUGCGAGCACACGUCUAAUUUUGAUGACCCAAACCAUCACGACAACGAAUUUCAUACUGUUAUUGAGCUGUCUGGUUAAAUCUUUGUGUGUGUGUGUGCCCUUGCGUCCUCUCCGUCGUUUGCAUUUUCUCGCCCUUUCAAAUACUCGAUUGGUUGCUCCUAUGUUUGAGUAGACUGCAGGUGGUUUGCUUUUCGCUGUCCUGGAUUACUGCGUGGUUGGUGCAAUUUUUCGGUGCUCUCGUCCCACGGAAUCCUCGCUCGUUCGCCAUGAGUUUUCAACAAUCGCAAGACAUGUAUCAUGACAAUCCCUCGGCGCGCUCCCCCGGGUCUCAGCGUCACCAGCAGACGCUGCACCGCCAACCUUCCCGCCAAUUCGAUGCCUACGGGGCUAUGCCCAUGAACUUUUAUGAGGACCCCAUGGCUCGUUACGAUUCCAACCGCUUGGACCGUCUGGCUCCCUCUUUGCAAAAUUCCUACGCGUACGACAUGUCUGGCUCGCAGACGUGGAAUCCCAACGGAUUCGCCGGUAACCAGGCCCUGGGAGCCAUUAGGUCCGCAUCGGCCAGUUUGAAGACCGCUACCAAUCGCGGUAGGGCUGGUCUGCCAACGACAUGGCUAGAUCAACAGCCAGGGGUCCCAGGCCCUUUUACAAAUCUCGGACCUGGCCCACUUCAAGGCGGUGCUCUCCGGCCCGAAGCCUCGGCUUCGCAGGAGACCGAGGAUGAACUGAUCCCAACUGCCAUCGUCAUCAAGAACAUCCCGUUCGCCGUCAAAAAGGAACAGUUGGUACAGUUGAUGACGGAGCUGAACCUUCCCCUACCCUACGCCUUCAACUACCACUUUGACAAUGGCGUCUUCCGUGGCCUGGCCUUUGCCAACUUCACAUCUGCAGAGGAGACGGCUACUGUUAUUGAGGUGCUCAACCACUUUGAGCUACAGGGCCGCAAGUUGCGAGUGGAGUAUAAAAAGAUGCUGCCGCUACAAGAGCGCGAGCGCAUUGAACGGGAGAAGCGGGAGCGUCGCGGACAGUUGGAGGAGCAGCAUCGACCGAUGGCUACUUCGCAGCUCCAUUCCCAGAACUCCAUGUCGUCUCUCACCUCCCAUAUACCUGCUACGUCACCUUCCCCCGUCUCCCAACGCAGCCAGAAACUAGAGGUUGAUCUGAAUGACAGCACAACGCUUUCAUAUUACUCUCAACUGCUUCUCUUCAAGGAGGAUCCGAGUCGAGAUACCCUCGUCUUCACCCCGACUCUUUCCCCUCUCCAUCGCCGCACGGUGCAUACUCUCGCGCACAACAUGGGAUUGGGCCACGCCUCUCGGGGAACAGGUGACCAGAGGCAGGUGCACGUUUUCAAGGUUGCUCCCGGUGCUAAUGUCAGCCCCCCCCUGAGUGCAAUGCCCACGGCAGUCCAGUCUACGGAUACUGCGCGUCGCGGACUCAGCCGCGCAGCUACGAUUGACUUUAGCGAUGCUCGAAAUGAUGGCUCUGGCCAUUUUUCGACUCUCCGUAACCAGAAUUCGGGAUACCUCGGCGUCUUGGAUUCGGGUAACUUUGGGGCCGCACAGAACCUGCGGGCUGCUAAGUCAUUUGCGGAUCUACGUUCAUAUACUCCGUCGCCAGUCCCCUCUUCUGCAAGCUUUCCCGCUGCGCUGCAGUCCAAUGGAGCUCGCCUACAACAGUACGAUGCCGUCUCGAGUGCCGCAUCGAACACACCGGCCCUUACGUCGGCAGCAUCUGCUACCUCUCUUGGUAUGCGAGAUGACAGCCUGCUCGUGAACAGCUUGAGUGGCUUGUCUCUUGGGACUGGCAUUGGCGGACCUGGUUCAAGUCCGCGAAGAUUACGAGGCAUGUUUUCCUGGGAGCAAGAUAACCAUACCUCUAAUGCGGGCCCCAUUGGUAGUAACCGAUCCAUCGGGGUUGGAUAUGACUCUCAAUCGCAGGAGCGAGUUCCUAUCAGACAGCCACGGGGCCCUGCGCCGGAAAAGGGUCCCGGUUUCCGUCGCCAAAAUGGACAUCAGUCGCGUGGCAGCGAAGAGUUACGCACUAACUCUGGGGUGGAGAUAAUUGUCGAGUAAACGAGGCAUGAGGAAAUGAAGCAUAUGCAGAAAAGAAAAGAUGGAUCUUGUCAGAUUGCAAGGAUGAAUACGACUCUUUUAUCAUGAGGCCCUUUGAUUGAAUCCCAUUUUUAGCUUGGGAUCGCUGACUUACGAUUCGAUGAGGGAUGACGAGAUGACACUCAACGGGAACCCAGC